AUGGCAGUCACUCUUUGUUCCUAUAUACCCUUUCCACAGCAUAUUGAGGUCAAUCUCUCUUUGAAACCAGUCGUUGAGGGAAUUAAUGAGGCGAGUGGUAAUAUAUUCGAAGUCUUAGAAUCCUGUAACAGCUUUCAAAAUCUACAAAAGCCUGUUGACGUCACCGUUCACGAUUCAUUUGACAAUAAAUGGGAUUAUGAGACUUUUGCAAAGUACAUACAAUCCUGCUCACAGCUUCAGAUUCUUACCCUUUAUAGCCCUGCGGUGACAUCAGACCUGGCUAAAGUCUUACAUAGCGGCCUAUCUGGAAACACGACUUUGUCAGAGUUUACACUACAAGUCUCUGGCAGUAUCCCCUGUGACGCAGCUGUUGUCAUCGGUGAAUGGUUAGCUGCUACUAAAUCUUUAAAGGAAGUAACGUUUCUUCUUAACGUGGUACAGGAUGAGACUUGGGCCAGUGCUAUUGAAACUGGAUUGUGUGCGGACACCGCUUUUACCUCUGUGGUCCUCGAGGUUCGUGGUCCAAUGAGUAACACUGCGAUCCAUGCUUUAGGAAGGCUUUCAUCAAAUGAAGCUAUGACCUCAUUUUCUCUGAAUAAAUAUGGAGAUUUGCAAGAUUUGACAGCUGCUGUUAUUAGUAGAGGAAUUGCACGGCAAACUGCACUCGAGUCAUUGGAUGUAAGUGUUAACGGCAACCUUAGUCUCUCUGGUGCGAAUGUUCUACAAAGCUGUCUUCUAGAAAAUCGCUCCUUAAAUAAUUUAAAACUGUUUGUCCGUGGAGAGAUUCCUGACAACUGGCAAUCUGUUUUGGAAAAUCUUCGUUUGGUAAAGGAAUCAGUUAACUGUGCUUUUCAUCCAGACCCUGGCGGCAGUGUUACAUCUAAUCAAGUGGCGCAUUUUCGUCCUGCUGUGGUCGAGAAUGGGUUGGAAACAAAACAGCACCUAACUGUAGUCAUUUGGGGAGAGCUGAAGUGUAAUGGAGCAGAAGCUUUAUGUGAGGUCUUUGUGCGUGUCCCCCUGACAAGCCUGACUUUAAAAGUGCACGGAAAAUUAAGUAAUGGUGUUGCUGAUAUUAUUGCAAGAUAUGUCAGACAACAAAAUACACUCUCCUCCCUGGCAAUCGAUACUUGGAACGAGCCGGACCAAAGGACAGGAACUUUACUUCAGGGUCUAUCAAAUGACAACGUAACUGUUCAAGUGAAAUUGCAUGAGGUUAAUUUAAAUCCCAAUGAAUCGUUCAGAAUUCCUGAUCUCUUAAUUGAUAGUCCGGCAUCUUUGACACCAGUUUUCUCUGAAGUCAAGAAAACUAGAAAGGAGAAGAUCGCCCUUAGAAUCGUUAACGACGGUGAAGUAACUAAGGACUGGCCACAUCUUUUAGGUGAUGCUUUGGCAGAAAACAUGACUCUAACUGCGCUUGAUCUUACAGUCAACAACUACAUAGAGAACAAAGAGUUGGGGAGAGAACUGGGGAUUAGUUUGUUGCGUAGCUGUUCACUGACAGUUUUAAAUCUGGCAAUCAUCAAUUACAGUAACAUUGAAGAUGGCUGGGAAUGCACACUGGUCAACAGCUUGGCUAGAAUGGCUUCAUUAACCACACUCAGUCUUGCAAUCGACGAUCGUGGCGGGGAGAGGAAAUGUGAAAGUGAAAAUGACGAUUUGAUCGCAUUGAAGUCCUUGACUACACUUUCCGUUGUUAUGAAUGGUAGCAAUUUAGAUGAAUUCUGGAGCAACUUUCUUAGAAAAUGUUUAGAAGGAAACGCCUCACUGAAAAAACUCUGUCUUGUAGCUAACAAUGUUGAGUCCGAUAUCGAUUUCUUAGAAGAUACAAUUGGAAUGCCAGAGUAUUGGGGAGAAGGUCUCGCUGAUGGUCUGGCAAGAACGACAUCAUUAAAUGAUUUAGCCUUAACAAUUAACAACAUUACUUCUACUGAUUACUACUGGGCAACCAGUGUCUGUAAUGGACUGUCUAAUAAUGAGUCGGUGACUAAUCUCGCUGUGACAGUCAGUGAUUACCAUUCCAUGAGCGCUGGGGAGUACGCACACUUUCUGAAAAUGGGUUUAACGGCAAACAAGUCAUUAACCACACUCACUCUGACAGUAAAUGACUACAGCGAAUUUGGAUGGUAUAAAAGCUGGUCCCGUUGGCCUCCGCUGAUGUAUUUUCUAGGCUUCAGUUUGGUAGAAAUGACAUCAUUGACUGAACUUAAUCUGAACCUCAACAUUUGCAGUGAAGUCAGUGAAGACUGGUUAACCGAUAUUUUCGACACUUUCGUGGAAAGUUCCUCCUUGACAACACUGAGAUUGAACGUUAACAACCAAUGCAGUACAGGGGAAAGUCGUUUGUAUGACUUUAGCAACCUUUUGCUGAAAAGCGAAUCGCUAUCUUCAUUUGAACUCAGCGUAACUUUUUAUGGGGAGUAA